GGGGGGCGGGGGCAGCGCGGCCUUGGUUCCGGUUCCGGGUCGCGCGGCGGUGGUGGCGAGCCGGCGCGCGACAUGGCGAAUCACCUGCGCUUCAUCGGCCGCACCGUCAUGGUGCAGCAGGGCAACGUGGAGGCGGCCUACGGCGCGCUCAGCAGGAUCCUCUCGCACGACGGCAUCGUCGACGACGUCAAGCGGCGGCGCUACUACGAGAAGCCGUGCCGGCGGCGGCAGCGGCUGGCCUACGAGGCGUGCCGGCGCGUCUACGGCGCCGAGAUGGCGCGCAAGCUGGCCUUCCUGGCGCGCAAGAGCCGCCCCGACCCCUGGCUGGGCUGCUAGCGGGGGCCGCGCCGCGCCCGGGGGCCGUUUCUGCGCGUGAAUAAAAGGUGCAAAGCCA